UCCGGAGACCGCCCCUUCCUCUCGGUGCGGGAGGCUCCAACUGCUGCCUCGCUUUGUGUUUUGUUUGUUUGUGUUUUGUUUGUUUGUGUUUUGUUCCUCGCGUCGCCGAUGCUGCCCCAGAGGACUGGACCGGUGUUUCAACCGAAACACUUCUUGUAUCCGUGUUUUUCCGUAGAUGUGAUUAUUUUUCUUCCUCAAGAAAUGCUUCUCGGUAGUUAAUACAUUACGGAAGGAACCGUGGAGAAGCGCUACGCAAACAGCACAGUUCGUGCCACUUGAGCAAAAUAGAGGUCGGUCGGAGGCCGAGGUUGCCCUCCCUUCCAGGUGCAGAACAACUUCGCAGCCCACAGCCGCCGGUUCAGGCCAUUAUCAUCAAGGUGGGAGCAUGGCAGUAUCCAGGCAGGCAUGGCGCAGGAGGAGCUGAGAGUUCUAUGUCUUCAUCCAAAGGCUGCUAGUGGAAGACUGACCUCCAGGCAACUAGGAUAACAGACAUCCCUAGGCAUCUGCCUAGCAAAGAGUGGCGCAUAAGCGAAGCCCUCCACCACCACCGCACAGUUAUGGAAAGCAUAGUAAAAACAGGCAUUUUGGUGAGAUGCAGUUCAGUUCAUCAGACCUGCAUGCCAAGAAUCUUCACGUGCUGAACCAUCAUGCCUGCCCAAAUUGCUUAUAUUUUUCUUACCAAAGUAUAAUUGGUUUAUCUGAAAUGAGAUGCUGAGCAUAUCAGAUACAAAUUUAAACUUGAGGAACAGUAAACCACAAAAUGUUUGUUUGUGAUUUUGUGAGCUGUCCGCGCCUCCCAGGUUAGGUUUUGACUGUGUCUGAGUAAAGUCCUCGGGAUUCCUCAAGGCAGUUUGUGAAGGAAGUUUAUUUUAGAUCCUAAAGUCCAUGCUGAGAAGGGCGGCGUAGCCAGGCAUGGGAAUGGCAGCUGAGGUGCGAAUGGUGCUCUAUGAGGAUGAUUCCGUCCAAGUGCACUACGCUUGUGGGUCCACGCUGCAGCUCUCUCCUUGCGGCUCUGAAUUUCUCUUUGAAAAGGCACUUCCUCCCUCAACACAUCCUUUAGAACAACCAGAGAGAAUCCGUCAACGGACACACUUUGUUAUUAGCAACUACCGAGAGCAACUUCAGCGGGCCCUAGAUUUUCGAAACUCUUCAGCUACAUGCCCUUUUUUAUCUGAAAGCAUCAUACCUCCUGAAAGAAAAAAGCAUAUCUUCAUUGAUUUCUCGGAAGUAGAAUGGCCCAGCCUUGACAGAGAUGACUGCAUCAUGUACUCGGAGAGUGGCGUGGUGAAGAUAACAUCCCUGGAUGGACACGCGUACCUUUGUCUGCCCAGAUCUCAGCAUGAAUUUACAGUACAUUUUUUGUGUAAAGUGAGCCAGAGGCCAGAUUCAUCUGGCAUACUAUCCGAAACACAGAAUCAGGACCCCAAAAAUAAACUAGUUGAGAAGACCAGAAAAGUCUGCAGAUGUGGAAAUUUAUCAGAACAAACGUUAAGGAAUAAAGAAAACGAACCUCCUUACCAGAUCUUGAAAUCUAAAAACGCUUCAGUGAACACAUGUUGUGUGAAUGACAGUGAGGGGAGAGGGGAGCUUCCUUCCCUGGGCACAAAUCACAGAUGUGUGUACGCAUGGGUAAAGCAGGCUUGGUCUGUUGCCGCCUGUCCAGAGGCGUGGAAACACCCUCUGUCUUUAGCACUUCGUUUUUAUAACAAAGUUCGUGCUGCAUCUGAAAUUGAUGCAGAUUUCCCUGCGAGUAGCAUUGUGACUUCUGACUGUCCUGAAGAAAGAGGAACGGAGGUUUCUGUCCUUCCCAGGGCCUUGUUACUCAGCUGCCCUGCCCCACACAUGCACAGGUGGACCUUCUGUGACUCACUUCUACAGAGACAGCCCGAUGCAGAAGACUUUUCCUAUCCUGAGCUUGUGAAGGUGGUGUGGUAUAAGGGUGUUACAUACAGGCUUACCCAUAAAAAUGUAAACUCAAUAGAGAUUUUUCCUGGAGACGGAUCGGUUUUCAAGUCAGAAGGGGCUCAUUUUGGUAACUAUUUUACAUAUUAUCCAAGUCAAGAAGAAUCAGAAAAGAGAGAAGAGAAAACUUACUCUGUAAAUAACCUUCCUCCAGACAGACCAGGAAAUUUCUUCUCUGUGCGUUCUCUGAUUAAACAGGCAACCAGAAUUCUUCAACAUUGUGCCAAGAUAAGGCUUUCCCUAAGCCACAACUACAGAGUGUGCUGCUGGAAAAUGGCACCUGGAGUAAGUGUUAGCACUAUCCUGCCCGUGCUUCUGAAGGAAUCCCUCAUCCCAGGCGUGGGGAGAUUCCUUGCCUACUCCGAUGACAAAGUCCAUGCUGUCUUUUUGGAUGGCGUCACAGUAACACUGAAUUGGCAUCUCAGCUCCUCUGCUGAGAAGAAACAAGUAGAUCAAGGGCUCAGCUUCGGUUGGUGCAGAUUAACUUUUCCUGAUGGACAGGAUCAGUUAAUUCCAACUGAACACCCUGGAGCGUAUGAAAGAUAUGUGACAUCAGUAAUAUCAUGGUGCAGAGGACUAACACAGACUAGCCCAAGACAGGUGCCCACACAUCUCUCACCUGCUCUCAAAGAAAACUGGUCUGUUGCUUCUGAGCUUGAGAAAAUACAGAAAUUUAACUGGCUGUUGGAAAACAGUGGUGUCCUCAACCUAACUUCUAGCAAGAAUGAGCAGUGUUCUGGUCACUGUAAAUCAGGAUCUUCAGAAACCUUGCUGGAAGCAACCAAUGAAGAGAGGGUAUCGGUAGCAUUGAAAAGAACUUCUGAAAUCCUCCAGGAUAUUGACCGUCUUCUGUCACUCUCUAGAAAGUGAAAAAUGAAAGUAUUAUAAAACCUGAAGGACGUUUCAAGUUACUAGUGUGGAAUUGCUACAGACCCAAGACAUUGCAGAUGUUACUUCUGCGGAAUGAUUGUGCAGAACUGACUUCACUUUGAUUGUGUUUUGCUCAUCUUGUAAACUUUAGUGUUUGUGUGUGUAUACAUUUUUUAAAUAAAGAACAGUUUUGAAAUUUUGAA